AGCGCGUUCACGUUGGCCGGCUACCUGGAGGAGCUCACGGCCCAGGAGUUCAAGAAGUUCAAGCUGGCUGUCGCGGAGGGGGGGCCCCCGGGCUCUCCCAGGGCCCGGAUCCCCCGGGGCCGGGUGGAGAAGGCGGACCCGGCGGACCUGGCCGGGCUCCUGGUCACCUACCACGGCGCUGGAGGCGCCUGGCGAGUGGCCCUGCGGGCCUGGCAGGAGAUGGGCCUGAGGCGGCUCUGGGAGCUGGCCCGCAAGGAGGCUCCGCCCCCAGAUGCUGUUGAGGCCCCCAGUGGGGACACAUCACAGUCCGGGAACAAGGCGUCUGCAAGGACAGGAGAGCCAGGUCACGCGGAAAAGUACCGGGCCCAGGUGCGGAAGAAAUUCCAGGUCCUGGAGGAGAGGAACGCACGCCUGGGUGAAUGGGUUGACCUGAGCCAGCAUUACACGCGGCUGUUGCUGGUGAGGGGCCACGCCAGCCCUUGGCGCCGAGAGCAGGAGCUGCUGGCUUCUGGGGGGCUGCACGGCCUCCUCAGGGAGGAGCACCGAAGGCCCAUCGAGCUGCAGACUCUCUUCGAUGCCGACGCGGAGGAGGCGGGCAGCCCCCCCACCACCGUGGUGCUGCAGGGGGUGGCUGGCAUCGGCAAGACCACCCUGGCCCGGAAGGUGCUGCUGGACUGGGCCGCGGGCACUCUCUACCCUGGCCGCUUUGACUACGUUUUCUACGUCAACUGCCGGACCGUGGAGGUGGUGGCCCCACUGAGCGUGGCCGAGCUGCUGUCGGGGUGGCUGGAGGACACGGGCCCGGGCUCCGGGCCCGCCCCGGUGCCGGCCCUGCUGGCUCGACCCGAGCGUCUGCUCUUCAUCCUUGAUGGCUUUGACGAGCUCCUGUGGGGUCCGCAGGCACAGGAGGCCGGCCCCCGCGUCCCAGGGGAGCAGAGGCAGCAGGUGGACGUCCACCUGAGGAGCCUGCUGGGCAAGAGGCUGCUCCCCGAGGCCUCCCUGCUCAUCACCACGCGGCCCACGGCGCUGGAGAAGCUGCAGCCGCUGCUGGAGCGGCCCUGGCUGGCCGAGGUCCUGGGCUUCCGGGCUUCUGAGAGGAGGGCCUAUUUCGACAAAUACUUCCCGGCGCCGGGGCAGGCCGACAGAGCCUGGGCCGCCGUGCAGGCCAACAAGGUCCUCUUCACCAUGUGCUUCGUGCCCCUCGUGUGCUGGGUGCUGUGCACCGGGCUGCGGCAGCAGAUGGAGCGGGGCGAGGCCCCCGCCCAGUCCGCACGGACCACCACGGCCGUCUACGUGGCCUUCCUCUCCAGCCUCGUGCGCCCGGACCGGCACGGCCCACCCAGGAUCCCGGCCGCCGGCCUCCGGGGCCUGUGCUCCUUGGCCGCCACCGGCCAGCGGGAGCGCAGGCUUUGGUUCCGGGAGCGGGACCUGGCCCGCCACGGGCUGGAUGCGGCCACGGUCUCCACCUUCCUGCAGAUGGACCAGUUUCAGCAUGAGGCUGAGUGCCGGGCCACCUACAGCUUCUUCCACUCGACUUUCCAGGAGUUCUUUGCGGCCUUGUUCCUGGUGAUGGAGCGGCCGCGCUGGCCCUUCCGCCGGCCUGGCUGGGGGCUGCUGCUGAAGGGCCCCUCCGGCCUGCAGGCCGACCUCCCCCUGACCAUCCGCUUCCUUUUUGGGCUCUCCAGCCGGGAGAGGGCCGACGCCCUGGAGACGAUGGUGGGGGAGCCCGUCCCCCGGGGGAGCCAGCGCGUCCUGCUGAGAUGGAUCCGGGAGCAGGCGGCCCAGGGCCCUGGGCGGGCAAAGACCCUGGAGCUGUUGUACUGCUUGUUUGAGACCCAAGAACCCGAGUUCGUCCGCAGGGCCAUGGGCUGUUUCAGGGAAGUGAAGGUGAGAGUGCGCACCAGGAUGGACGGUCUGGUGGCCACCUUCUGUCUGCGAGCCUCCCGGAGCACCCUGGCGGUGGAGCUGGACGGGCUGGGCUCGGGAGCUGCAGGCCUGGGCUUCCAAGAGCCGGGUCUCGCCGACCAAGAAACUGGGACCUAUUCCCUCAAGGACAUAUGCCAAGACUUGUCCUCCGGGCUCUGGGUGCAGAGGAGUCUCUCCGAGCUGGGGCUGGGGGAGGAUGCCCUGGGGGACUCCGGAAUGAGAUGGUUAUGUGAAGAUCUCCAGCGGCCCCGAUGCCCGCUGCAGUCGCUCAGGUUGCUGAACUGCUGGCUCACUUCAGAUUUUGCUGAGAGCCUCUCCUGUGCUCUCAACGUGAGCCAUACCCUGACGAGCCUGGAUCUGAGUUACAACCCCCUGGAAGACCAGGGAGCAGCAUUGCUCUUCAGGGCGCUGGAACAUCCCAGGUGCAGGCUUCAGAAGCUGUGUCUGAAGAAAUGCCAUCUCACCGAGAAGUCAUGUGAGAACCUUGGCCCUGUGCUGGGUGUCAGCCGGACCCUGCAGUGGCUGGACCUGGGCUUCAACGUCCUGGGAGACCGCGGUGUGGGGCUGCUGUGUGGGGGUCUGCGCCAGGCCACCUGCCAGCUGCAGACCCUCAGGUUGGGAAACUGCGGCCUCACUUGCCAAUGCUGCCUCGACCUAGCCUCAGUGCUCAGCCUGGGGGCCAGGCUGCUCUGUCUCUUCCUGAGGAACAAUGCCCUGGGAGACUCGGGGGUGCAGCAGCUGUGCCAGGGACUCCGGGCCCCCCGCUGCAGGCUGAGGGAACUCAGCCUGGCCAACUGCCGCCUUACCCACGCCUGCUGUGCCAGCAUCUCCUCCGUCCUAAGCGCCUCCAACAGCAUCGAGUCCCUGUUCCUCAGUGGCAAUGACCUGGAAGACGUGGGGAUCCAGGAGCUGGCUCGGGGCCUGAGGCACCCCAACUGUAAGGUGCAGGAGCUGAAGGUCCAGAUGUGCGGGCUCACCAGACUAGGCUGUGAGACACUUGCCUUGGUGCUGAGCAGCUGCCCCAGCCUGAGGCAACUGGACCUCAGUAACAACUGCGUGGGGGAGGAAGGCACCAAGCUGCUGGGCCGGGGCCUGCUGCAGCCAGGCUGUCGGCUGCAGAGCCUCAAGUGGGUGCCUGGGCAUCGGGGGGGCCCCAAAGGGAGAGGUUGGGGGCUCUGCAUCUCGGCAGGUUGUUCUGGGCAUCCUGCUGGGGGGAGGGAGGGGGGCAGGAGGGAGGUAGGGAGGGAGGGGAGAGAGCCAGGAGCCCCACUGAGGCAGCUCUGGAUCUCGGCAGGUUGUUCUGGGCAGCCCUGAGUGAGGCUGACAAAGCAGAGCUGGCAGCUGUGGCCAGAGCCAAGCCUGGCCUGGAGAUCUCCUACCUGAGUGACAAUAAGGUCGGGUUAUACCCCUUGGGGCUCCCUUGAUCUGGGAUGCAGGAGCAGCAAAAGGCAGCAGCGGGUCCUGAAGAGGACCCUCCCCACCGCCUCCAUCGGAUCUCAGAACCCUUGGCUGCCCGCUCUGUCUCUCUACAGGAACUUUGGCUCCCUAGUACCUCCAGGAUAAAAAUGGCCAGGUCAGCGUUAGGCCGGGGAGCAUUAGAACCCAGACCCGUGGAUUGGGGGCCUCUGCGUCGCUGGACAAGACCCGCCAGCACAGCCCGACUGUGGAGGAGCCUGACCCACAGAAGUCGCCCCCUUAGCAGAGGUGGCGGCCGCACGUGUGGAAGACCGGGAUUCUUUCACUCAUUGACCUUUGCUGAAGUUUUUUCUGCUGAUUUUACAAGUUCUUUCCAAUAAGAGGCACUUCUCUGGGGGGGCCCAAAGGAGCAGGGCCCAAGGAUGGCGACCGGAUGGUCUCUGGGGAGAAGGCAGUAGAAGUGGGGGCCGAGGCGGGCAGAGGGGGAGUGACUUGGUCAGGGUCACCCCACGUGCUCUGGAAACAUGUGACGGGGCUGAAAGGAGUUUGAGCUCAAGGGAGGAGGGGCUUUCCCAAGGGCCCGGGGCUCUGUGCGGCCCUGCUGGCCCCUGGCAGCAACUAGGGCAGAGAAGCUGCUUCCCGGCAGUCCUGGCUCCUCCAGGUGUUCUCCAGGCUUCUCUCCACAUCAGUGUCGGGCACCGCCCCUUCCCCAGAGCAGGGAGAGGGGGUGUGAGGGGCCUGAGGCUUCUGGGGCUGCUGAGGUCCUGCUGAGGUCUAGCUUUGGGGGACCUAAAUGAGAUUAGGGUUUAGUUGAGGUCUAGUGGCAGGUUUGGGGUACA